AUGUCGAUUGCGCUUGACUGUUGGACUUCACCAUUCAAGCACGCAUUUAUGGCUAUCACAGGAUACUUCCUAGACCAGGAAUGGGAGUAUCGUGAGGUCUUACUUGGGUUUGAGCCAAUUUCUGGAUCUCAUACUGGCGUGAACCUCGGGGACAUAGUUCUCCAGAUCUUACAGAAGCACCAAAUCGCUGAUCGAGUACUGGCAGUAACAACUGAUAAUGCGUCUAACAAUAAGACACUUAUCGCAGCAGUAAAUGAUUCAAUCAAGAAACUACAGAUAGAAACGGAUUCUACGAUCGUCCAAGUGCCCUGCCUUGCGCAUAUUAUUCAAUUGAGUCUAGUUAAUUUACUUGGUAAAAUCAAGGCUUCGCCAAAGAAUGAUAACGCUGAAACAGAAUGGUCUGAUGAUCGUGUACGUUUACUUCGUACACGCCAGCAGAAACAUGAGAUUGCUGAUACUCUGAAUAAGUACGACGAACUCACCAAAUAUCUCCAGAGUGGAUCUAUUCGGAUCUUCUGGAAAGAUCAUCAGAGGGAAUUCCCUAUUCUUGCAAGCAUUGCCCGUGAUAUUAUGUCAAUUCUAGCGACUGGUGCCGGAGUUGAGCGUCUUUUUAACUUUGCCCAGGAUGUAUGUUAUUACUGCCGGGGGUCAUUGAACCUAGAGACCGUUCGCGAUAUCAUGUUAUACAUGUACUAUAAGAUAGCUGUUUCGGCCGAAGCACUUGAUGUCCAGACACAUGUUUUCGAGGCUAUCAGUGAUAAUGAGGAGGACGUCGAGAUACGUCUUGAUAUACUGGCUGCUAUAUCAAUUACGCAGGCAAUUCUGGACGUACCGCCACUAUCAGCAGUUGCCGCUGGAAAACGGCCUGCGGUUACUUCUGACGAUAAAGAAAACUCUAAUACCGAUAAAUUUGCGGAUCCAGAUGAGAAUAGGGCAUUACCCUUAUCUAACUUCCCUGAUACGCAGCAUCGUGUAUCAGAACCAUAA